GUUAGCUCAAUAGUUCGUUUACCUCGUUGCGUGUCUUGAUGGGUUGUCUUCAACUUUGCCAAUGGAAAGACUGAACGAUUCCAGGGUUGACGCCACUUUCGAGGAAAAUUCGAAAAGCUCGAAACUUUCUGUGUCCUCCAAAAAGCUGCGUAUCCCCAGUCGGUCAACUUCUGAAACUGGCAGCUACGAUUCAGCUUCUUACACCGGUUCAAGUUCAGAAGAUGAUGAAGAGCAUCAACAGCGCGAAAAUCCUCGAGAACGAUGGCUCAAAGUCUCUUGUAGAGCGACUAAUUCCCGCGGAUUUAGUGACUUCUGUGUACAAAAAAUACACGAUGCUUCGUUCGGCCGCCGGGAAAUCGAAAUCGCUGAACAGGAAAUGCCCGGCCUCGUCACGCUUCGGUCACGUGCCAAGGACGAUCAACCAUUAAAGGGGGCGCGAAUACUGGGUUGCACACAUGUCACUGCGCACACGGCGGUUUUGUUGGAGACUCUCGUAAUCCUGGGCGCUCAGGUCCGUUGGUGCGCCUGCAACAUUUAUUCGACCCAAAAUGAAGUCGCCGCGGCUUUGGCUGAAAAGGGCUACUCCAUCUACGCUUGGAAAGGUGAAUCGGAAGAUGAUUUUUGGUGGUGCAUCGACCGGUGCAUUAACGCCGACUCUUGGUCGCCAAAUGUUAUCCUAGAUGAUGGUGGUGAUCUGACACACCGCUUGCACAAGGAUCAUCCGGAUCUGCUCUCAAACGUGCGAGGCAUCGUGGAAGAGAGUGUCACGGGUGUGCAUCGUUUGUAUCAGUAUGUCAAAGCCGGCACCUUACGCGUUCCCGCCAUGAACGUGAGCGACAGUAUUACCAAGUCCAAAUUCGAUAACUACUAUUUAUGCAAAGAAUCUAUCGUUGACGCGUUAAAACGUACCACGGAUAUGAUGAUCGGCGGGAAGACAGUUCUCGUAUGCGGCUACGGCGAGGUUGGAAAGGGCGUGUGCCACGCGCUCCGUGGUAUCGGUGCGUUUGUUUGCAUCACUGAGUCCGAUCCGAUCUGCGCCCUUCAGGCUUGUAUGGAUGGUUUCCGGGUGGUGAAAAUCGAAGAAGUCAUCCGAUCAAUCGAUGUGGUCAUCACAUGCACUGGGAAUAAGUCGGUUGUCACCCGAGCCCACAUGGACAACAUGAAGAAUGGUUGUGUGGUUUGCAAUAUGGGUCACUCGAACACAGAGAUCGACGUUCGGUCUUUACAAACACCUGAUCUUACUUGGGAGCGUGUCCGGUCCCAGGUAGACCAUAUAAUCUGGAUGGAUGGAAAGCGAAUCGUUCUCAUUGCAGAGGGACGUCUAGCAAACCUCAGUUGUUCCACCGUGCCUUCUAUCGUCGUCUCCGUGAGCGCAAGCACGCAGGCUCUUGCAAUUAUUGAACUGUACAACGCUCCUGCUGGUCGCUACCGGAAUGAUGUUUAUCUGUUGCCAAAAAAGAUGGGUGAGCUUGUUUAUGUUGCGUUGUUUGCAAUGGUCUUAUUUACUAAUACAUUACUUUUAUCUAAAGACAUCCGAUUCCUUCGGAUUUCUGGCAAAGCGUCAUCGUUCAGUUGUAUCGCCUACUCUUUCGACUAGUUUCCAUUUUAUGUGUGGAGUGGGAACAAAUGUCAUUGUUUUCUGUCUGCAUAACCCGCCUUCCUGUGUGACGCACCAACAUCCUGUUAGCGAUUGGCUGUCUACCAUGUUUCUUCAACCACAGAAUCAGUUCAUUUUGGUCUCCUUUGGCCACCUGUACGCUUGUCCUUCAAUUUUGCUUCAUGUUAUUGUAGCUCAUAAUUACUUAUCCAUUCUACACUUCCAUUCCUACUUUUGAAUGCCUCUCUGGAUAGUCCUGAUCCGAAUUCAUCCGCUGCUUAACGGUAAAUUAGGGUCUCGCGCGCUAGGUUAUGCAACGCAUUGUGUCUCAUGCGAAAGCGUUACUAAACGAUAUUCCUUGACGGUGUGAGGCACAGUCCAAUUGAGUGGCCUGAUCAAUCUGUACAACGAGAUCGCACAAAAUAAUUGAUUUUUCAUGUUUUGUACAGCGGAUCCCAAAUGCGUUUCUGAAGUGAAUGACAGUUUGAUAGUAUUAGAGAGAGUAAGAAACUGGGAACAAUGACAACCGCAGAUUUAGUCAAGGUUCUAGUAAAGUAAUACGGUCAUCCAUGGAACCGUCCCCAGCGGACCUUCCAUGCGGGUUAUUCCCUCUGUGGGUUUAACCUGCACUUCCAUGCUCCAACUGGCUGUGAACCGGUGUGGCAAAGUAGCAUGCAAGCCAUCACUCAUAUGCGUCCUCCAUGCGCCCCGACUCAGGUAAACUUAGUGUCGAGUGUAUUUCGAUUGUGGUUGACGCCUUCUUUCCCUCUCAUUUUCCAGUUACACCAAAUAUUCGCCCUGUGCCCCACCUUUCUCUUUUUCAGACGAAUACGUCGCUACGCUCCAUCUGCCUUUGUUCAAUGCUCGUUUGACGGAGCUCACUGACGAGCAAGCCAAAUAUUUGGGUGUCAGUAAGACCGGACCCUACAAACCUAGCAAUUAUCGAUAUUAAUUGACCCUGGACUACAAGCCUAUUUCUCCACUGCGGAAACAACUUGCUUCCAUCAUUUCGUGCAUCUUGUUCUCCCGGGAUUGACCUUCUUACCUUCCACUUUGGCGCUUCUCUUCUGCCCACACUCCCCUACCCAAUCGAUUGAAUUCACCUUUGAUUUGUAUCUACAUUCCAGCACGCUACCGCGCUUUGUCUCAGGCUUUUUGGUCCACUCCUGUUUACCAUUCGUACCACGACACUCGCUUUUGCCAGUGACUCACUUUGAAGUAACAUCGUGAGCUGUCAAACUCGCGCUCAAUUCGCUUCAAUCACUCAAGCAUCACUACCGCUAUUCCAUUAGCUCACACUAAUACAACGUCGAUUCGCUAAACUAGAACAUUUUGUGAUUCGGGUUUCCACUUCAGACAUCAAGGAUCCUAUUUUCGCCGCUCUUAUCUCUCGCUCGCUUGUGUUUCACUUGGCACUUCUAUUACGUCACGUUUUCUUUUUAUACUUUCCUUGCGAUUAUGCACAUGCAAUGGUCGAACCUCGCUUUGAGCAUCCCCAUGGAUCCGCUUUCCUCUCCGCGCGAUCCCGAAAGCGUCGUCUCGGUUGUUCAUGCGUUUUGUUGCCUUGGUUAGCAUGGUUUGUUCCGUCAUUCAGCAGUAAAUAUCUAGUUGCAC